GUUCGGCCAAGCUGCGCAGAAGGCAGCCCGGCGGGGCUUGUGCUUCUUGCCUGUGGCCGUGGAGUGAUCCGAGCCCUGCCAAGGCUGCUGGAGGCGGCAGCCCCGGCACAGCGGGCACCGCUCCCACUGUCCAUGUGGUGUGGAGGCUGCUGGGAGAGGGAGGGCCAGGCUUUCUGCCGGCCGGCGGACAGGAAUGCCCGGGGCAGCUUUGGGAGCACAACCGGCUCGGGUGCUAACUUCUGGAGUGCAGCUCUUGCCCCCAGCUGAUGGGCUGAACCGCGAGGAGAGACCCUGGGCCCGUGAGGAGGCUGCUUGGGGCACGAGUCAACGCAGAGGACGAUGAGCUGCCCCGAGACUACAAGUCCCAGUGUGCAGUACUGCUCCUGCGGUUGUGUAACCCUGGCCCGGGGAGGCGGUGGGCAGCCAGGCCUGCUCCCACACAGGCCCGGGUCAGAGCUGUCCCCGGGCAGCUCGUCUCUGCAGAGGGAAAGUCUGGCUCACUGCCCUUCGGGCCACGCUCACAGGAGCCACGCUUUUGCGGAUGUGGGCCCCGGGCCGGUGUUCGGGCAGAGACAGCAUCACCUGGAGCGGAGCGGGGUGAGGCCCCAGGCCUGCAGCCGGCUGUCGAUGCCCGAGUCAGCCUCGGCAAAAGCCGUUCGGGUCCCCGGCUCCCGGGAGGAGCGUUCGCUGCUGAGCUGUGCCUGCCCUCCCCUGCGCUCCAGGGGAGCCUGUCCCUCGCUGCGGCUCAGCCGAGCGCGCUGUGGGGCCGCCCGCCUCGCGGAGCCCGGCGUUGCCGGCUCCGUGCCGUCCUGCUCCCGGGCUGCCCUCCCCAGCACCGACCUGCUCCCCGGGCCGGCAGCGCGGGCGCCACGUGGCACCGGAGGCCGCGCCGGCCCGUCCCGCUCCCCGCUGCCGCCGGACGGGGCGGGCCCGGCCCCGCCGCCGAGCGGGACCCGCGCUGCCCCGGGGCGGGGCCGGCCUGGGCUGUCCCGGCGCCGCUCCGCACGGCCGGACCCGCUCCGCCCGCAGCCCGGCCCCGGCCCCGUUGCCCAUGGGGAGCGCGGCCCGGCGGCGGCCCGGCGGCCCCGCUCGCCCAUAGCCCGGCGGGGCAUGCCAGGCCCCAGGAUGCCGGCCUGGGGGAUCCUGCCCGUCACGCUGCCUGCCUUCACCAUCACCGGCAUGUGGAUCGUAUAUGCCAUGGCACUGUCCAACAACCACAUCUGCCCUGUCCACAACUGGAGUUACAACCAGUCAUGUGACAUGGACGGCCCCAGCUCCUGCUGCACGCUGGAUCACAUCCCCCUCGUCAGCAAGUGCGGCACCCUGCCUCCUGAGAGCUGCUUCUUCAGCCUCAUCUGCAGCCUGGGCUCCUUCAUGGUCAUCCUGGUGGGACUGCUGCGCUAUGCCCACCUCCUGGAGCGCCUGGGGCCGUCCCUCCUCAACACCCUGGGGCUGGCCACUGGCUGGGUCUGCGCUGCUGGCCUCACCAUGGUUGGCAACUUUCAGGUGGAUCACGCCAAGGUGCUACACUACAUUGGGGCAGGGGUGGCCUUUCCCACCAGCAUGCUGUUCCUGCUCCUGCAGUCCAUCCUCACCUACCGCAUGGCUAAAACCCGAGGACAGUACUGGACUGGCCACUUACGUAGCAUCCUCACCACUGUGGCCUUCUUCACGCUCGUCUUCAGUGGCGUGUUCUUCAUCCAGGAGAGCUUUGUGCUACAGCACGUGGCUGCCUUGUGUGAGUGGAUGUUCAUCAUUGAUGUCCUGGUUUUCUACGGCACAUUCACCUUUGAGUUUGGGGCCAUCUCCACAGACACCUUCCUGGUCCUGCUGAAAGCCAGCCGGGCCCCCAAAAGUUACAAAGGCGAGAGCAGCCUGUCCAGUACGGCCCACAUCCACAGCCAUGUGGAGGGCCUGGCUAUGGCCUGACCCCCACAGGAGGCAGCCCAUAGUGGAGACCCCAAAUUGGGCUCUGCCAGUGACUCCCCACCUUGAAUAUCUCUGAAAGCCCC